GUACUCGUGGUGCAGCAAGCGGCUGCUGGAGCAGCGGGACUCCUGGUCCAGCCACCUCACCCUGGCCGACCUCAUUCCCCUGGAGAGCCCAGCGGGCGCCAGCUGCGCCAGCAAGCAGGACUGGCUGGAGAGACUAGUGGUGGGGCAUAAUGUGGCCUUCGACCGGGCGUUCAUCAAGGAGCAGUACCUCAUCCAGGGCUCUCGGGUGCGUUUCCUGGACACCAUGAGCAUGCACAUGGCCAUCUCAGGGCUGACAGGCUUCCAGCGCAGUCUCUGGAUGGCUGCCAAGCAAGGCAAGAGGAAGGGACUGCAGCAGGUCAAGCAGCACAUCAAGAAAACACGCAGCAAAACGGAGGGUCCAGCUGUCACUUCGUGGGACUGGGUGCACGUCAGCAGCAUCAACAACCUGGCAGACGUGCACGCGCUGUAUGUCGGGGGGGAGCCGCUGGAGAAGGAGGCACGGGAGCUCUUUGUGAAGGGGACCAUGGCUGACAUCAGGAGUCACUUCCAGGACCUGAUGUCGUACUGUGCCCGCGACGUCCAGGCCACCCACGAGGUGUUUCAGGAGCAGCUGCCGCUCUUCAUGGAGAGGUGCCCCCACCCAGUGACGCUUGCGGGGAUGCUGGAGAUGGGGGUGUCCUACCUGCCAGUCAACGGGAACUGGAAGAGGUAUCUGGACGAUGCUCAGGGUGUCUAUGAGGAGCUGCAGAAGGAGAUGAAGAGAUCCCUGAUGAACCUGGCCAAUGAUGCCUGCCAGCUGCUGCACGAGGACAGGUAUAAGGAUGACCCCUGGCUCUGGGAUCUCGAGUGGGACAUACAGGAGUUUAAGCAGAAGAAGAAUCCAGGAAAGAAGAAGAAAAAGGAUGGGGAUGGGAACAGCAAAGCCCCUGCGGCCGUGGUGGGUGCAGAUGGGUCCAUACAGGAGUGUCAGGAAGACCCUGGUCCCCCUGGCGAGGAUGAGGAGCUGAAAGCCCCCGCAAGCCGGGUCUGCCUGGAGCGUCUGAAGGAAACGGUUGUGCUGCAACCCAAGCGACUCCAGCACUUGCCGGGCCACCCGGGCUGGUACCGCAAGCUGUGCCCGCGGCUGGACGAGGUGGGCUGGGUGCCAGGACCCAGCCUUAUCAGCCUGCAGAUGAGGGUGACGCCAAAGCUGAUGCGCCUGGCCUGGGCCAGCUUCCCCCUCCAUUACUCGGAGAAGCACGGCUGGGGCUACCUGGUGCCACGGCGGCAGGACAAUUUGCCGGCAGCCCCCCCGGGGGGGGGGGGGCCCCUCUUUUCGGUGAUCGAGUACCUGUACAGGCAGCACUGCCUGGAGAAAGGCAAAGAGCAGCCCCUGGGGCUGGAGGCUGCCGUGGAGGAUGAGCUGUUGGUGAUGGAUGGCAGCACGAUGUGGCAGAAGGUGGAGGAGUUGAGCCAGAUGGAGGUGGACGUGGAGGAGAAAACAGGCAGAGCAGACCAGAGCCUGGUGCAG